UUUAGUCCAGAUAAACUUCAAACUGGAAAUAGAGAAAGAUGGGCACUAAUGCAAUUCGCAGUGCAGUGCUGCCAGUGCAUUCCUGUAUUCUUAAUACAGAAAAGGGAUUGAGUUGGCAUGUGGGCUGGAGGAGAAUAGUCUUAUUAAUACUUCUGCCCUUUGGGCAUACUGAUACAAGUGAGCCUUGGUAUGGAACUGCUUAUUCUUUGGAGAAAAUCGAUGGUUCACUGAUUCAGAAAUGGAUGGAUGAAGCCCCUGUUGAAGAUCUGCAUCUUCCAGCCCCCAAUGUCUUCAUUCCAACUGAUCUAUCUCUGAAGCAUGUCUUAGAGAAAACAAAACUUCCAAGUUUAUUGAGAAAGUCACCAUAUUCAAGGUUGUGGUAUAAGCCAGAUGCAACAUUUUCUUCUCCAAAGGCAUAUGUUAAAAUAGACUUCAAUUGUCCUUAUAGUGGAGCUUCUCCUGAGUCAGAACUUCUUACAGAUGUUUUUACCCGUUUGUUGAUGGCAUACUUGAAUGAAUAUGCAUACCAUGCACAGGUUGCUGGUCUGUAUUACACUUAA